CAAUGAUGUUUGUUGAAUAAUUACUAUGGGCCAGGGACUGUUCUAAGUGCUUUACAUGCAUAACUUGUUUAAUCCUCACAACAAUCUUAGCAGAUAGGAACUGUUAUCAGCUCCACUGUAGAGAAGAGGGAAUGCAACAGAGAAGUUCACUUUCCCAGGAUCAUGGAAACCAAGAUUUUUCAGACUUUUUCGUUUCUAGGAAAUAUAUGUUACUUUAUUCCCAAGUACACACAUGCGUGUGCACACAUACACAGAACUGAGAUAAAAAAAUUCACCGGCUAUUUAACUUCACUAUGUGCGGUACACUCUGAUAUUUUCUACUCGAUUUUCUUCUGUUUUAUUUUUACUUAAAUUCUGGUCAUGACCCACUAAAUUGAUUUCACAACCCAUUAAUGAGUCACCACCCACAGUUUGAACAGCACUGAGUCAUAGCCAGAAUUAUCAAGGCCAGGAUUCGAACCUAAGUAACGUGGCUCCACAGCCUAAUCUCUCUGUAUAAAGAACAGCUCAGGAAGGGGAGACACUGUAGGCAUGAGGACAGAUGGGGACUGCGCUGAUGAGGGGGCUGAGGCCUCACGAAUCCCACUACCCUGCCUCACUCCCUCCCCACAUCCCAGCAAAAGAUAACACAAAAGUCACUUGUGUUGCCUUUGGAAUAAACGUGCUGGCACAGACACACCAUUGUUCUUUUACUUGGACUUCAGUCUAUGAAGGAAGUAGAGACAGACUCAAGCAGUUUAAGUGAUUUAGCCAACGGCACAGAGCUCAGGGUCCUGUUGCCUGCUCCAGGGGGUGUGACCCCAUCCACAGCUCACCCUUGAGGGUACCAAUGGUGACGGUGGAGAUGGUGGGGAGGAAAUGUGAUGAUGGUGGUGACGGCAGUGACAGAAAUGAGAAGAGCUGGUGUUGGUGGCCUUGGUGGUGAGGAGCACUUUCCCGAGCACCUGGACCACUUUGCGGAAAACAUGGAGGACUUCUCCAACGACCUGUUCAGCAGUUUCUUUGAUGACCCUGUGCUGGAUGAGAAGAGCCCUCUGCUGGACAUGGAACUGGACUCCCCUAUGCCAGGCAUCCAGGCUGAGCACAGCUACUCCCUGAGCGGCGACUCGGCACCUCAGAGCCCCCUUGCGCCCAUCAAGAUGGAGGACACCACCCAAGAUGUGGAACAUGGAGCAUGGGCGCUGGGACACAAACUGUGCUCCAUCAUGGUGAAGCAGGAGCAGAGCCCGGAGCUGUCCGUGGAUCCUCUGGCCACCUCCUCAGCCAUGGCUGCUGCUGCCGCCAUGGCCACCACCCCGCUGCUGGGCCUCAGUCCCCUGUCCAGGCUGCCCAUCCCCCACCAGGCCCCAGGAGAGAUGACUCAGCUGCCAGUGAUCAAAGCAGAACCCCAGGAGGUGAACCAGUUCCUCAAAGUGACACCAGAGGACUUGGUGCAAAUGCCUCCAACGCCCCCGAGCAGCCAUGGCAGUGACAGCGACGGCUCCCAGAGUCCCCGCUCUCUGCCCCCCUCCAGCCCUGUCCGGCCCAUGGCCCGCUCCUCCACGGCCAUCUCCACCUCGCCCCUCCUCACUGCCCCCCACAAAUUACAGGGGACAUCAGGGCCACUGCUCCUGACAGAGGAGGAGAAGCGCACCCUGAUCGCUGAGGGCUACCCCAUCCCUACGAAACUCCCCCUCACCAAAGCCGAGGAGAAGGCCUUGAAGAGGGUCCGCAGAAAAAUCAAGAACAAGAUCUCGGCCCAGGAGAGCCGCCGUAAGAAGAAGGAGUAUGUGGAGUGUCUAGAAAAAAAGGUGGAGACAUUCACAUCAGAGAACAACGAGCUGUGGAAGAAGGUGGAGACCCUGGAGAAUGCCAACAGGACCCUGCUCCAGCAGCUGCAGAAACUCCAGACUCUGGUCACCAACAAGAUCUCCAGACCUUACAAGAUGGCAGCCACCCAGACAGGGACCUGCCUCAUGGUGGCAGCCUUGUGCUUUGUUCUGGUGCUGGGCUCCUUUGUGCCCUGCCUUCCUGAGUUCUCCUCCAGCUCCCAGACUGUGAAAGAAGACCCCAUGGCGGCAGACAGCGUCUACACGGCCAGUCAGAUGCCCUCCCGGAGCCUCCUGUUCUACGACGAGGGGGCGGGCUCAUGGGAGGACGGCCACAGAGCCCUGCUGCCCAGGGAGCCCCCAGACGGCUGGGAAAUCAAGCCUGGGGGGCCGACAGAGCAGCGACCCCCGGACCACCUGAAGCAUGACCACCUGGACAGCACCCACGAGACCACCAAGUACCUGAGCGAGGCCUGGCCUGAAGACGUCAGUGGAAAUGGCACCAACCCCGACUUCUCCCACCCCAAGGAGUGGUUCCACGACAGGCCGUACCAAGACCCAGGACCCAGGACUCACCCCCGGCAACCAGAAGAGGCGUUGACUUGCUCACUAACCCGGAUCCGGCUCAUCGUACCUCUGCCCCUGGAGUGUCCCCUCCAGGAGAGAGGGUUCCACCUCCCAGUCCUUCUUUGCCCCACAUCUUGGCCGGAGCCUCCUCUCCGCCUGACAUUCGGACUGUUCCCUUGGGCCAACCACUCUGUUCUCACCGCUCCCCCCACAACCAUCCGUCCUCAGAUGAACCACUCACUGGCCGCCCCUCCUCCUUUCCCACAAUGACCAACUCCACCACGGCCUCCCGGCCCCCACACGUGCACACAGCCAGACACAUGGACGUCCCCCCACAGCCCCCACCCCGCUCCCACUGUACAGAGACCAAGAACAGAAAUUGUUUGUAAAUAAUGAACCUUAUUUUUUAUUAUUGCCAAUCCCCUAAGAUAUUGUAUUUUACAAAUCUCCCUCCUCCCUCCACCCCUCCCUUGUUUUAUAUUUUAUGAAGUUAGUGCGGGCUUUGCUGCUCCCUGGCCCAGGACAGAGGGACCCUCCCACCCUCACCUGGCCUCCCCCUGCUGCUGCCCAAGCGCUGGGCCUUUUUACUUGCCAAACUGCUCCCUCCAUUAGCUCAGCACAAGCUUUAAGAACGCAAAAUUUAAAAAAAAAAAAAGAUGCAGCAUCAA